GGAGGGGUGGUGGGCGCCCGCGGGCCUCAGCCGGAUAAAAGGGCCCCAGGGCGCUCCAGGAGGCCCGUUAGCGCUGCUCGGCCGCUGAGCCCCUGCCCCAGCCCCGCACCGUCCGCGCUCCAGCUGGUGAGCCCCCGUCUGGCCCCUGGCCAGGUGCCUUGACCCCAGCUGCCCUUGAAGUCACCAUAAUGUGGUCCCUACCAGCCGCCCUCCCCCUGCUCCUGCCACUCCUGCUGCUGGGCCAGGCCCCUCCCUGCAGGCCACAGUCACCGGGCCCUGUGAAGCUACGGCUGGUGGGCCCAGGGAGCAGUCCAGAGGAGGGCCGCCUGGAGGUGCUGCACCAGGGCCAGUGGGGCACCGUGUGUGAUGACAACUUCGCGCUUCAGGAGGCUACGGUGGCCUGCCGCCAGCUGGGCUUUGAGACUGCCAUGACCUGGGCCCACAGCGCCAAGUAUGGCCCAGGGGAAGGACCCAUCUGGCUGGACAAUGUGCGCUGUGCGGGCACAGAGAGCUCCCUGGACCAGUGUGGGUCUAAUGGCUGGGGUGUCAGUGACUGCAGCCAUUCGGAGGAUGUUGGUGUGGUGUGCCACCCCAAGCGCCAGCGCGGCUUUCUCUCUGAGAGGGUCUCCAAUGCCCUCGGGCCCCAGAGCCGGCGGCUGGAGGAGGUGCGGCUCAAGCCCAUCCUCGCCAGCGCCAAGCGGCGUAGCCCAGUGACCGAGGGAGCCGUGGAGGUGAAGUACGAGGGCCACUGGAGGCAGGUGUGCGACCAGGGCUGGACCAGGAACAACAGCAGGGUGGUGUGUGGGAUGCUGGGCUUCCCCAGCGAUGCUCCUGUCAUCAGCCACUACUACAGGAAGGUCUGGAAUUCCAAGAUGAACGACCCCAAAUCCAGGCUGAUGAGCCUGACGAAGAAGAAUUCCUUCUGGAUCCACCGGGUCAAUUGCCUGGGAACAGAGCCCCACCUGGCCAACUGCCAGGUGCAGGUGGCGCCAGCUCAGGGCAAGCUGCGGCCAGCCUGCCCGGGUGGCAUGCAUGCUGUGGUCAACUGUGUGGCAGGGCCCCGCUUCCGCCCUCCGACGUCGAAGCCUGGGCGCAAGGAGUCCCCGGCAGAGGAGCCGAGGGUGCGCCUCCGCUCCGGGGCCCAGGUGGGCGAGGGCCGGGUGGAAGUGCUCCUGAACCGCCAGUGGGGCACCGUCUGUGACCACGGCUGGAACCUCAUCUCCGCCAGUGUCGUGUGUCGCCAGCUCGGCUUUGGCUCUGCUCGGGAGGCCCUCUUUGGGGCCCAGCUGGGCCAAGCACUGGGGCCCAUCCACCUGAGUGAGGUGCGCUGCAGGGGAUAUGAGCGGACCCUCGGUGACUGCCCCUCCCUGAAAGGGCCCCGGAAUGGUUGCCAGCAUGAGAAUGAUGCUGCCGUGAGAUGCAACAUCCCAGACAUGGGCUUCCGGAAUCAGGUGCGCUUGGCUGGUGGGCGCAGCCCCGAGGAAGGUGUGGUGGAGGUGCAGGUGGAGGUGAACGGGGUCCAGCGCUGGGGGGCUGUGUGCAGCGAUCACUGGGGCCUCAACGAAGCCAUGGUGGCCUGCCGACAGCUGGGCCUGGGCUUUGCCAACCAUGCCAUCAAGGACACCUGGUACUGGCAGGGGACGCCAGGGGCCGGGGAAGUGGUGAUGAGCGGGGUGCGCUGCUCAGGCACAGAGCUGGCCCUGCAGCAGUGUCAGAGGCACGGGCCGGUGCACUGCUCUCACAGCGCAGGGCGCCUCUCGGCCGGAGUCUCCUGCACAGACAGUGCUCCGGACCUGGUGAUGAAUGCCCAGCUGGUGCAGGAGACGGCCUACCUGGAGGACCGCCCACUUAGCCAGCUGUACUGCGCCCACGAGGAGAACUGCCUCUCCCAGUCCGCUAACCGCAUGGACUGGCCCUACGGACACCGCCGCCUCUUGCGCUUCUCCUCCCAGAUCCACAACCUGGGCCGGGCCGACUUUCGUCCCAAGACGGGACGCCAUAGCUGGAUUUGGCACCAGUGCCACAGGCACUACCACAGCAUUGAGGUCUUCACCCACUAUGACCUACUCACUCUCAAUGGCUCCAAGGUGGCUGAGGGGCACAAGGCCAGCUUCUGUCUAGAGGACACAAAUUGCCCCACAGGAAUGCAGAGGCGCUAUGCCUGUGCCAACUUUGGGGAACAGGGAGUGACCGUUGGCUGCUGGGACACCUACCGACACGACAUUGAUUGCCAGUGGGUGGACAUCACAGACGUGGGCCCUGGGGAUUAUAUCUUCCAGGUGGUCGUGAACCCCAAGUUCGAGGUGACAGAGUCAGAUUUCUCCAACAACAUGAUGCAGUGCCGCUGCAAGUACGACGGGCAACGGGUCUGGCUGCAUAACUGCCACACAGAGGAUUCGUACCGGGCCAAUGCAGAGCUCUCCCUGGAGCAAGAACAGCGUCUCAGGAACAACCUCAUCUGAAGCCAUCACCGCACACUCCCAGCUGCUGCCCACACACCAGAUACCUCAGUUUAUUGGAGCCAUGCUCUUCACAGCCCAGACUCAGAGGGCAAGGGACCAGUGCCAAUGGGCACCAAGAACCUGCUCAGGAAGCCUUUUGAUGGCAAGAUCGCCAAACCAGGAUGGCACUGCUCCCUCAGGAUGGCUCUGGGUCUGUCCCCUAAGGAACUUUGAUCUCCGGACUGUGGCCUCCCGGCCUCGUUUGGCUGAGCUCCUCUUCCAUAAGGAGACCCAGUCUUUCUCGGAUUUUGCCCCAGAGCUCCUGCUGCCCAGGAGGAAGCCCAGUUCCCAUUUACAUGGUGCUUUGCAGAUGUCUUGGAGGACCAAAAUACAAGGAGUGGUCAGCUCUCUGCCAGGAGCUCAAAGGAGCACAAUUUAUGUCAAAGUCACAACUGGCAGAGAAGCUGGUGAAUUCAGUCCCUUGCUUGAUCUGUCCUCAUUUAGAACUCAGCUGUCAUAUUCUCUACGAGUCUUUAGUGCCCUUACCUUCUCCUCCUGCACACACGGGUGUCUGUAAUACCCCUGGAAGCUUAGGCCUCAGGCAUCCCCUAAUGGGCCCAAACCACCAGUUACUGAGUACCUGAGAAAGGACACGAUCCACAGAAGUUGCCAGAUAGGGCCUUUCUCCAGAACAGCAAGAGGAGGCCAAGCAGAAAGACCGCUGGGCUAAUAUGGACCCCAGCCACUGCCAGGGCCUCUGCCAAGGGAAGACAUGUGCCAGAAACCAGCAGGCAAGAUCACUGCGCAUCUCAGGACUAGUCUAAAUGUCAGGUCCCCCAAGUUUAUAGUGUGUAUUUUAUUUUGAAUAAAUUUUUGCAGCAGAAAGAACAUGGGUCAAAUAGGCCACUCAUCUUUGCAGGAAAAAGAGGACAGGUCUGGUAGAGUCGGGGGCAGGAGACUACAAAGAAGUCAGAGGGGGAGCAUUUAAUUUAGUUAAGGACUAAAGCUAGGAAAGGCCACCAUUCCUGCCUGAGGUGGCUGUGAUAGGCCCUUGCUCCAGUGGGAUCGAAUCCCAUGGUCAUCUCAGACAUAAGCCUUCAUCUUUCUCCACUUCGACACACAUGGGGAUAAUCCUCACAGGUUUGAUGCCCUAAUGCCAAUAAAGACCGCUCACUGUGGACUGCUACAAAGA